AUGGCGGCACCAUCUCCAUCUCCCGUUGCCAAAAUUCCAGCCGAUGUGGAGCUGGAGGAGGUUGAGGCUGAGGCGGCGCCCGAUCUGGAUGAGUCGCGUCUGGCGGGUAUCUUUGUGAAGGAUGGCAAUGAGAACGGACAGCUGCGGUUCCUGGCAUCGGGCCUCACCAGCAGCAGCAGCUCGACCAGCAGCAGCACUGGCUUCAACUCUGCCCUGAAUCAGUACAUCACGAACAAGCAGGAUAUGCUGGAGCAGCUGCGUCCGAGCAGCACAGGCACAGGCACCAGCACAGCCACUGGUACGGGCCUCGUCACUGGCACCUCCGUGAGUGGCACCGGCACUGCCACCACCGGCAGUGGGCUGGUCACAACCACCACUAAUGGUGCCAUCUAUGUGAAUUUGGGUGGCAGCUCCUCGUCGUCGUCGUCAUCGUCGGGCUCGACGAUCACCAAUUCGGCCAUUAAUCAGGCCAUCUAUGGGGCUUCACCCAUCGCCGAUCUACUGCCCCAGAUCGUGGCCGAGGGUGCCCUUUCGUCGCGUCGUCGUCCUGGCAACAACAACAACAUUCGACGUCGUGUGCCCAAUCGCCGGCGCGUCAAUAAGCGACGCGGCAGCGUCAACAACAACAAUCUGCAACGACGCCGGCGUCGUGGCAACAAGCGGGGCAAGAAGAAGGCCCAGGUGAUGGUCGUACGGCCCAAUCGCGGUUGA